ACGUCCUGUAUAUGAUUUGCAGAAUAUUUCUUUAAAAAUCUUUUUGGGUAAUACUUCCUCGUAAAACCCUGGGAAAUCAUAAAUUUUUCUGCCAAUGCAGCACAAGAUCAGGCGAAUUUGCGAUUAAAAGACCUACAAAAUUUAUUAUCUACAACACUCUCUAUCCUGAAAGGGCAAUGAGUCCAGCCCACACUGCGAAAUUGUCAAGAUGCUACGAGUAAAUCUGUUUAUUUUAUGCCACAAUAUAAAAGCAUUAUUCUGCCAAGAAAGCGUUUUAAGCGACUACUGAAAGCUGUCUGGUUCGGCAGUUUCUGUAUAAAGAACGAUUUUUCCGCGUUGCUAAGUGUACAGCACAGUGCUGCACGUCAACGUUGACAGUCUUAUUUUAUUGAUUAACCAAGUUCCAAUCAAUAAUUGGAAAGUUCCCCGCAAAAUAUUGUUGGGCAUGCGGAAAUUUAUUAUGACCACAACUCUUCCACAAUGAUAAUCAAGGAAUAUCGCAUUGUGAUGCCCAUGUCGGUGGAAGAGUAUCAAAUUGGUCAGUUGUACGCCGUAGCCGAAGCGUCCAAAGGGGAAACGGGUGGCGGCGAGGGCGUGCAGGUACUACAGAAUGAGCCCUAUGAGAAUUUUCCUCUUCUGGAUGGUCAGCCGGAUCGUGGACAGUUCACACACAAGACGUAUUAUCUUCAAAGUAAAGUACCCAGCUGGGUCCGCACGAUCGCUCCCAAAGGUUCGCUAGAGUUCACGGAGAAAGCAUGGAAUGCCUAUCCGUAUUGCAAGACGGAGUUUAGCAAUCCAUCUUACAUGAAAGAGGCUUUCCUUUUGACCGUUGAAUCUCUCCACCUCCCUGAUCGCGGAAAUUCAUACAAUGUGCACCAGCUUUCCCCCGACAAACUGAAAAAGCGGGAUGUUGUAUUCGUCGACAUUGCCAACGAUAAGAUAUCAUCAAAAGAUUACAAAUUACAGUAUGAUCCUCAGAAGUUCAGAUCAACAAAAACUGGGAGAGGACCUCUCGGCAGCGAUUGGCAGGCUUCAGCCACUCCUGUAAUGUGCUGCUACAAACUGGUUACGGUGGAGUUCAAAUGGACCGGUCUGCAGAACAAAGUGGAAAACUUUAUUCACAAGGCGGAGAAGCGUUUAUUUACCAACUUUCAUCGUCAAGUAUUCUGCUCCAUUGAUCACUGGUAUGGACUGACCAUGCAGGAUAUCCGUGAGCUGGAGGAGCAUACGCGAAAGGAGCUGGAUGUACAGCGUAUGAGUGGAAACGUACGGUCCAGUUUUCAGGCUAUUGACGAUGGCGAAAGCGGCGCAUCGGCAUAAACACUACAGUACUGUUACAGUCAGAUCUUGCCGAUUUUCAUAGCAUAGCUAGAAAUUUGCUGCACCGGGAUUUGUUUACAAGGUACAGUUACAGAAUCAUUGUCUGGAAAUGGCACGGGUUUUUUUUCAAAAAUGGGACUGACUGCGGAAGUUCUUGUGUUUGUCUUUGUUCUCAGUUAUUCAGUACAACUUUGUGCGUAUUUGUGUCGCUUAUCCUAACCUUAUCGUUGCCACUCAGCAAUUAUGUAUAAAGUAAGAAAGGAGACUUGUCCUAGUUUUAGUGUAACUUUU